UAAGCCUCUUACAAAACAUUUUUUUGUUAACCUUCUUACCGUCAACCUUGUUACCAUUUUAAGGUUUACUUUCAUCAACAGGGUUGAUCCAGAGCCUCUAUAUUUAGAAAAAAGGGGAGGGCAAAAUGGAGAAAGGACAGAGACACAGGGAUUAAGCUAUCAGUUAUUGUCAGCUGUUAGAGAAAGGAGAGCCAAGAGGUGCAAUUGGAGAACAGCUCAAGGGAAAUGCCAAAGCCAAAGCAACAAGUGCAGCAACCAUUCAUCAGUGCAUGACAUUAACCUGGCCCCUUAAGGUUACAGCUGGAGGAAAGAGAAGUUAUGGUUUAUGCUCAGUGUGGUUGCAGUAGUGUGCAUGCAAGUUCAUAGAUAUAUAAGCGUGAGAAUAUGAGUGCAAGCAUCUCCCUAUAUACUGAUAAUAAUAACAAUCUGAUUGCCAGUACAACUAUUUGAUUAUUCAGUGCUUCAUUGUGUUGCAGGCAAAGUGAAGCAUGGAAAAAUAACCACAAGAGAGUUGGAUGGAAGUACUUGACUUUGUUUCUACAAUAUUUAAUAUGUUUGCUUCUCUUUUACGUUGUUUUUAGUAUGUAGUGCUGUCUUUAAAGCGGAAUUGAAUUCAAUCUCCAUAAGGCCCCAUGUUAAAAUGCCCAAAUUUUGGGGUUUCAGCAGAAAAAACAGUUUGCGCCACAAAUUUACUCAUUUGUGACAACUGUACGAGGCAUGAAUUUUUAUGUAACUCACCAGUUUAAAUUAUAUGAAGGCAUGAAGUCACCGAUAUGCGUAAUACAUUAACAGGCUGGAAAUGAGAAUGAUGAGAGUGAUGAGAGUAAAUCAAAACACUGAGCUGAAAGACGCUAAAACACUCCAUAGAGCUGAUGGGUAAUUAUUCUGUAUGGGUUGGUCACAAUGAAGGGUCCGUUUCUUGUUACACAUAUUCAUUGUAAUUUGUUAAAUUUUUAACAUGAAAAUAUGAAUUAGUGCGGCUUUAAAGAUAAAAACCUUAGUAUGGAAUGUUUUAAUAUUUCACUGUGAGCAUGCCCCCUGUAAAACAAUGAAAUACAGAAAAUCACAAAAUGAUGUAAAGCACCUUUACCAGAAAAUGUGACACAUCGCAAGUUUCAAUAACAUCUUGUCCCUCAUGAAGCAUGUAAAGCAGCAACUUGAGAAAGAUGGGUGGUGUGGAAAGAGGAGUAUGCUGUACAUCUGCCAAAAUGUCUGAUGCAAGAGAACUGACAAUAUGCAAACAGUAGAGAUAUGAUUUAAAGCUCAAGUAUUAACAAGAUCCAGACAGUUUACUGGAAUAUCCACCUCCCCAACCCCCUUGCGUAUCCACCUUCAUGACGGUCUCCUGCUCUUUUUAAACAAUACCAGUUUCACAGCAUUUUAUGGCUCUCCAAUACAAUCUCUCUCUCUCUCUCUCGCUCUCUCUCAUUGCUAUAAGCCUGUGAUGAUUAAUUUGUCAAAAUAUUUCAUGAUUCAGCACCAGCUUAAGAGUCAUAUUCAUAAUAAUGCACUAGCAGAAUACAACUUGUAGGAGGAACAAUGGCCUCAUCGCAAACCUAGUGAGCUCGAGCUGGUUUCCUGUGGUCCUGGGCUUCCCCUCACAUGACCUCUUGCUCAAUAGAUAUAUUUUUUGUUUCUCAUCGCACAAAGUCUUCAAAGCAAAGAGGGAAAGCCAUGAGUUAGCAGCACAUCAGGCAAGGUGUAAAAUUUAUGGGAAUUGCUAAACGUCUGGCGUGAAUUUACCACUGAGCCUUUAAGAAAGGGAUCGACAGUUGAAGUUUCACAGUUGUCAGAGGCAAACUCAGAUUCAUCAGAGGUCUUUCCGAUGGCAUCCAAUAUCAUCGCCACCACUUCCCAGAACUCCUCCUCUGCUGCUUUUUCUCUUCCCAUGAGCGUCUCAGCCCAGGCCGGCAUCGCCAUCUUGACCCUGGCGUUUGUGCUCGGCUUUCCCGGGAACCUUUUUGUGGUUUGGUCGGUUCUCUGCCGGGUGAAAAAGCGCUCAGUGACCUGUUUGUUGGUGCUGAAUCUGUCUAUGGCGGAUGCUUUUGUGUUGCUCAGCGCCCCCUUCUUCCUGCGCUACCUGGCUGGAGGCCGAGGCUGGGAGUUUGGCUCGGCAGCAUGCAAGCUGGUGCAUUACCUGUCAAGUGUGAACAUGUACGUGUCGAUUUACCUCAUCUGCCUGAUGAGCAUGGACCGCUGGCUGGCUGUGACAAGGCCUUUUCUGUCCCAGAGAAUGAGAACCAAGCGCUCCCUGUUGGUUCUCCUGCUGACGGUCUGGGUGUUAGCGUUCAUUCUGUCACUGCCGAUGCCUUUCUACCGCAGUAAUCUGAAGAAGACAGUUCAAGACAAUAUCACUCUGAGCUUUUGUGUGCCAUACCACUGGGAUAAAAAUGGUCACAAGAUCUUCCAGUACCUGUUUGAGACCAUCAUGGGCUGCCUGCUGCCUUUCUCCCUCAUCAACACCUGCUACUCCUCGGUCAUCUGCCGUCUGCAAAACGUCAAGUUCCAGCGCAGAGGACAAGGCAGCCGCCUCAUCCUGCUGAUCAUCUGUGCCUUUACAAUAUUCUGGCUGCCCUAUCACAUCGUCAACAUCAUAGAGGUGGUCGGUCUGUUGCAGGGCAGUGACUCGGUGAUCAAUGCUGCCAAAACAGCCCGUCCAAAUGUCACCGCCUUUGCUUACUUCAGCAGCGCUGUCAACCCCAUCCUCUACGUGUUCGCCGGCAGCUCCCACAUCCGCCAGGCUGGCUUCAGUUUCAUGGGCAAGCUCUUCGAGGGCACUUACUCGGAGAGCAGGACCACGUCUACCUUCGCCCGCAGCGGCCGUAGCAGCUCUUCACCAGAUGAGAGCUCUGUCCUGCACGCAAUGUCAGUCAAACUGGGGAGGCCUUUCAAAGGCAAGAACAAGGAGAGCAACAGUGUGGCGGGAACAGACGGACCUGAACUCAAGACUCUGGCCAGUAUUGAGCAGUUAGAGUAGCUGACUGCUAAACUAUGCUAUGUUCCAAAGCCAAGCCAUUCUCCUUGGACUACUUUUCUUAAUUUAAAUAAUUAGACUAUGUUGACUUAUUUGCUAUUUGCUUCAUUUGUUGCCUAUGCAGUUAUAAAAACACUUCUGUCAACAGAAGCUCCAGCUCAUCGCUAGUUGAAGAAUAAACUCCUGGAAAUGUCAUGGCAAGUAGAUGGGCUCUUUUUAGUUUGAAAGCUCUUUGGAGUAUAUAUCUAUUUAAUUGUGUAUACAACCUGGCCUCACUCCCAAGUCAUCCAAAACUGCAGUUCGUCAGUGGCCCGUCAUGUCAAAAUAUGACUCUGUAGGUAACCCAGCAGCGUCAUUCCUGAACACUGCUGUCGCCAAGAUAAAGUGUCGUAGUAUAAAAAUAUUAUCGGCAAUAUUUGACGACUUGGGAGUGAGAAGUUUGUGUAUAUUAAGAAGGAAACGGACUACAUAUUUAUGGAAAGCUAGUGACAUGGUCGAUGGGUUGGUCCAACACUUUGGUCCAGAUGGAAAUCUGGAAAUAUCUCAACAACUACUGGAUAGAUUGCCGGGAAAGUUGAAAAUUCCGAUCCCCAGAGGACGAAUCCUAAUGAUCGUGCCACCAGUGGGUCACAGUAUUUGAGAUAUCUCAACAUUUAUUUGAUGGAUUGACACAAAAUUUUAUACAGAGGUUGGCAUGCAGUUUUGAAUGAAAUGCCUCAACAACCUUUGGACGGAUUGUUCCCAUGAGCCUCAGUUAAUCAAGAAAUGUUACAUGUACAUGUAAACACGUUAAGCUAAGAUUGUGAACAUGGUAAAUGUUAUAAAUUGUGAGUUUGUUUCCAUGCUAGCAUUAGCAUUUUGUUCACUGUGUGUGUUCACCACGCCUCACAGAGUCGCCAGCAUAGCUGUCUUGUUCAGAGAAGAAAGGACUGUUCGCACGUAAAACCAUCACCCAAAACAUUCUUACUUGUGUUUUUCUAAUCAAAGCAUUGUUGUUCUAGAAAUGUAGCAUUUUUUACUAUCUGUUUGUAUAUUUUAUGACUUCAAACCAUUUUUUUGUAAUAAGCCACAACGAUUUUGACUUUGUAUGGCAGUAAUCUAUCACAUGUAAAUUAUCACAUAUAUUUAAAAUGUGUAGGAAUGGCUAUGUUUUUUUUCAUUUAAUAGUAAUGUGUAUGGUCAUUUGUAGUCAAAGACAAAAGACACACUUUGUAAACUUAAUAAAGCUUUUUUAAUAUUGAA